GCUCGUGGAGGUUCAGAGGGAUUGGCCAGAAAGUUGUCAAAAUACUUCGAGAAAGUAAUUCAAGCAUCCAGAAUAUUACUGACGGAAGCCACGCUUAUGGUCGGCCGAUGGAGGAGCACGCGAAGAAAGAUUGCUGCGUAUUCGAGUACUCGUCGGUGAUCCACGAGAAGGAAGCUAACGAUAAUGUACCAUGCGAAGACGCAAGAUUACCCUAAACAAAACAAAAUCCGUCACAGAAAACCAGAAAAGAUCUCGCCGCCUGAUAAAAUGGUGGGAUUAGGCAAUGAAGAAUUAUUUGUUUCAAAUAUCGCCGAUACCCCUAUGGAGUUGGAGAUCAGCUCCGAGGAUGAGGGUGAAGGCGGAGGUGAUAUGCAGCGAUUGAUACCAUCGCCAGUCGGCAUUGUCUUUGUCGAUCCGGGCAGCAAAAAGGAUGAUCUGAGAAGGAGCGAGCCGGAAAACGUAGUGGACGAUGAAAGUGUCUGGUCUAUCUCCAUUCAGAUGUUCAUACCUUUCCUGCUCGCCGGUUUCGGCAUGGUGGCUGCUAGCUUGCUGUUAGACGUAGUGCAGCACUGGCCAGUAUAUCAGGUGGUAUCGGAAGUGUAUAUAUUAGUUCCUGCACUAUUGGGUCUGAAAGGAAAUCUGGAGAUGACGUUAGCCUCCAGAUUGUCGACCCAAGCUAAUUUAGGUCAAAUGGACACGAAGAAACAGAAGUGGACGUUGAUCGUCGGUAACUUGGCCUUAAUCCAGUGCCAGGCUAUGGUGGUGGGUCUGCUGGCAUCGUUGGCUGCCAUCGUCCUCGGCUGGGUCCCUGAGGCUCAUUUCGAUAUGCACCACGGGCUUCUGCUGUGCGCCAGCGCCUUGAUCACUGCCUCCGUAGCCAGUUUCCUGCUAGGCCUCGUGAUGGUCGCGGUAAUACUACUGUCGCGGCAAAUGAACAUCAAUCCCGACAACGUCGCUACUCCAAUCGCGGCCUCCUUAGGCGACUUAACUACUUUAGCUCUUUUAUCGUGGAUCGCUUCUCUGUUAUACGAUGCGAUAGGUAACGCUCCAUGGAUAGCACCGCUAUUAAUAAUAUUUUGUGUAUUGGCAACUCCUGUAUGGGGUUACAUAGCAGCCAGGAAUCCAUUCACUAAAGAAGUUUUGGAUACCGGCUGGACGCCUGUGAUAUCCGCGAUGUUGAUUAGCAGUCUCGGUGGACUGAUCUUGGAUUAUACCAUAUCGAGUUACAAGGGCAUAGCGGUUUUCCAAUUAGUGAUUAAUGGUGUCGGAGGGAAUUUAGUCGCUGUUCAGGCCAGUAGAAUAUCAACAUCUUUACAUAAGGACUGCCAAACGGGUGUUAAAACAACACCCAAUGUUUGCAUCAGUCCAUUCCACGCGUUCUUUGCUAAAGGAGGACAUGCAAGAACAGCUAGAGUGUUGCUAAUGAUGGUGAUACCAGGGCAUUUGAUUUUUAGUUAUACCAUUAGUUAUAUUCAAGCAGGCCAUACCUCCUUCACGCCUAUAUUUAUUACGAUAUAUUUGAUCGCUGCAAUGUUACAAGUAAUUUUAUUGUUAUAUAUUGCACAAUUGAUGGUUGUUUGGAUGUGGACAAGGGGUAUGGACCCUGACAGUUCCGCGAUACCAUAUCUAACAGCGGCUGGCGACCUAAUAGGAACUGCCCUCCUUGGAAUUGCCUUCCACAUUCUUUAUGCCAUAGGCGACGGCGAUUCUGACGUAGGAGAUUGAUCGCUCCGAAAAUUUGUAUAAUGUUCUGAACCUUCCCUGAUCACAAUUUUCGAAAGUAAGUAAGUACACGACUGUAAUCAGAAACUUAAUGUGAAGUCAUAAAGUUCGCACGGUAGCGACUAUGAUUCAGUAUUACUGGUUUCAAUUCCAGUAAGUUUUGCUUUUAAUUUUUCAAAACUCCCGUCCCCUCGUCCCUCUAUAUCUCUUUGGAAAAAUAUGUUAAGAGAGUACAAAUUAAAUUAAUUGUAUAUUAUAUAAAAGUACAGUGUACGCGCAAAAAAGAUGCAGUAUUCCUCAAUAGUUUUGCUUUAUUAAUAGUUAUUUAAUUACGAUGAUAUAAAUUACGAUAAAUCCAAAAAUUAAUAUAUACCCCAAGAAAUGUGUAGCCUAUUGUAAAUAAGUGCAUCUUACUACAUCUCGUGUUAUACGUUGACCAAAUACGUGCAUUGCCAUAAUAAGAUAUUUUUUUAAUAUUCGAGCAGAGAGACAAGCUAGUAAAUUUUCUCGACAUAUAUAUUCACGACAUUUAUAAUAUAAAUUAGUAAUAAUUUCUUUUAAUGUACAUCGACAUCAUCAUACUAUAAAUAGCACUUUGUAUUAUAACAUUUUUUAUUUGGUCAUUUUUGUGCUAAAAUACUUAUGUAAAAACUGAUAAUAAUUUAGACGCGUUUGAAAUAUGUACGAAAUAUGCAGAUGCAUACAAGAAUGCACAUGUUAAUUAUGUGCAUAUCACAUUAAUUAAAUAAUAAAGGAAAAUUUUGUACACUGUUUUUUUAUAUAAGCACUUAUAUUUGUCAACUUUAUAUGUCUUGUGUCACGUCACAUUUGAUACGAUAGUUUUAAAUGAGUUAUAACAUGUUACAUUUAAAUUUUGAUGAAUUUUAUCACGACAUGCAUUUUGAGGCUCUUUUACUAUAAAAGAAUAAACUUUUUGAGCAAUAUACUAUAUCUAAACAAUGCAAGAAAUAAAUUUAUUCUGUACUAUAUUAUAAAAAGGAAAAUCUCACGCUGUUGUGAGUCGCAUGUGUGUAAUAAUUCAUUUUUCGAAUUUUCUAGUAGAGAAAAUAUACAAGAAGAAGAAGAA